UUGCACCCUCUGUGUACACAUUGUUCUACUUGUGAAACUACGAUGCCUCGGUCGUAUCGCUUCUUAAUCUAACCUAUUGUUUUUUUCGAGUUUUGGUGUGAAAAGGCUUUCUUUUUUAUCGGGUCAUCAUGCCGCUGUUGUUUACGGUUCUCGUGUUCUUGUUGUUGUGCAGCACGGGGUUUUUGGUCAAUCCGGUCAGUGCGGGUGAUCCGGCGCCGGGGAGGUCGCCGGGGCCGCCGGAAGGCACGGUGGCGGCGGCGGUGGCGGAUGGGUGCGAGAUGGACGCUGGCGAAGAGGCGGACGAUGGCAGUGAGCUGGAGGUGGAGGUUACCCAUGCACUGUUCAGGACGGAGGUGGUGGUGCCAGGGAUCGAAUAUCAGGUCGUUUUGAAGAGAAUAAGAAAAGGACCUGUCAUAGCGUUCACAAUAAAGUCCCGGAUCGACGACUUUCCGUUGGGAAAAUUCAUCAAUAGUGCCGAAGGGUUGGAUUGUCGACCGCACGUCUUUAAAAGUCAAUUGGACGAGUCGCCGUUAACGCUUAACUGGACUAUAGAGGUCGACGAGGACAUUCAAGCAGGCAAUCUAACCUUCGAAAUAAACUACAAAAUAUCUGGCGACCCUCCGGUCUACAGAACAUUAUACACGCUUCCAGCAUUUCGAGAUUGUCAGCUCCGCCUAAAGAAGCCCGAAGCAAUAAUCAGCUCCACCGACCUCUCGCCCACCGUCGACUGCCAAGUGUGGUUCCCGGUCCACGGCACCGGCCACAGCCUCGUCGUGGAACUGACCCGCCUCAACGUCCCCUGCUCCAGAGGCUACGUGCACUUCUCGGGGCUCAACGUCAGCAACCAACACCAGCACUUCCGUAGCCACAGGCAGGCGCAUCUGUGCGGCAAGCUCGAGGAGUUGGCCGAGAGCGACCGUCACGUCUACUUCCCCUUCUCGCACACACCGCCCGUCAUGCACACCCACGGAAAUCCGGUCUUUACUUUGUCUUACCAUCUGGUGGACUAUUGUUAUAACGUCACUUUUGUUACGAGGAAUGGGAGCUUCGAGCUGAAACCGACGGGGGAGCUGCAGUGUACUUUCAAGAUAUAUUUGCCGUAUGGGAAUAGAGUGGCGAUGAGUCUGCAGAUUGGGGAUAGUAGCUCGACAGGGACACCGACGACCGACCUCCUCACCAAGGAUUCGCGCCCUCCUUCCGCCCAGUGCGACGGUCUGCUCACCCAGCUCCACGACGGCGACAACAUCUGGUCCCACUGCACGAAAACCGGCGACGCCGAGCGCCGGAUCGAGGUGGUGUCGAGGGCGAAUCGGGUGGUGUUGAAAGUGAUCGUUCGGAGUAAUCCCGCCAAAGGCGGCGGCGGCGCUCUCGGUUUACGUAUGCAGUACCACGCGGCGCCCAUCCAGGAGAUCGUGGGCGGAUGCGGUUUCGGCUGGGUCACGUUGAAACAAUUUUGCGUGGCCGCGGUCGAAGAAGCCAAGCUGCCGUGGGCUCAGGCCGAGAUGGAAUGUGGAAGGAGGGGAGGGCAUCUGGCGAGCAUCAGGAGCGAACAUGCACAGAAUGUCAUUAAUAAUCUUCUGAUUAACAGCCCCGGUUAUCGUGAUCAUAACGCAUACUGGAUCGGCGCCUCCGACAAGAUCGUCGAAAGCGACUUCCGUUGGUCCGACGGUCUUCCCUUUUCAUACACAAAUUGGUUCCUCGGCUGGCCUCAACAUGGCCAUUACAAUCGUCAACCCAACGAUGAUGGCCUUAGCGAGCAGGACUGCGUGGAAGUUAGGAGGAUUUACUCGCUUCCCUCAGCGUCGGCCAGUUUGGCUUCGGCUUUUAUGUGGAACGACAGGGAUUGUUCCACACCUAAUUAUUUUAUUUGCGAACGGCUGCAAACCGACGAGCCCCUCGAAGACAACUGGCCUCCGGACUGCAACCGAUCGGUGGAAUUGUCCAGACAGCAGCCCAGAGCCAUCGUGACCAGUCCGGGAUUUCCACGCCAUUAUCCCGACAACACGGACUGCGAAACCGAUAUCACGGCGCCUUCUGGUUAUCGACUCGUGCUGGAUUUCGAAGAGCUGGUCCUCGAGAAUGAACCAUCAUGCAGCUACGACUAUCUGGAGAUUUUGGAAAAUAACAACAUGAGCGCGACGAUAAAUUCGAGCUCGUCGAGGCGUCUGUGCGGCGACUGGAGUUCCAAAUUGAAACUGCUUCGACACGUCAGUAACAGGUCGAAGCUGAAAUUAAAAUUCAGCUCAGAUUACUCCCAUCAUUUCGGCGGGUACAAGGCACGCGUCUCGAUGGAAAGUGCAUCCCAUUGCUCGGACGAUCGUCUUCAGAUGUUCAACAACUCCUGCUACCUCUUCGUGAGCUACCCCGAAGUGACGUGGCCGACGGCCCAGGAAAUAUGCAGAGGCAAAAAAAGUCAAUUAGCGUCGGUCCUGAGCCCGGAAGAAGAGCGUUUCAUCACAACGAAUAUCCGAAAGUCUGUCGAAUACCGAACUAGCGCUCUUUACUGGCUCGGCGGGAGGUCCGAACCACAUUCUGAUUUUAAGUGGAUCGAUGGAAAUUCCAUGGAUUACAUGGGAUGGCUUCCUGGGCAGAAACCCCCGGACGGUGAAAUCGCCAAAAACUCGGAAAAUGUCAGGUGUCUCAGCAUCCAGUGGACCCCCAGCCCCACUCCGAUGCUCCCCAGCGGCCUCUAUUGGAAGUCCUACCGCUGCAACAGCCACGGCGGCUACGUCUGCAAGAAGCCCAGCCACCAGCUCUCCGGCAUCGGCGUCAACUUCAACAAGACCGUGAACGGCAGCGACGGCACGCUCACCACGCCCCGUUACCCCGAGAACUACUACAACCACCUGGACUUCUCCGUGCGCAUCCUCGGUCCGGACCGCACCCGUCUGGUGGUCAAGUUCCAGAAGAUCGACAUCGAGGCCCAGCUGGAGUGCCUCUACGACUACGUAGAGCUGAGCAGCGGGCCGCAGGGCGGCGACGCCGUCAAGUUCUGCGGGGUGCACGACACGGACAUGCACCGGUUCAACUUCGUCGCCGAGGGCAACGAGAUCGAGCUGAGGUUUCAUUCGGACUACUCGAUUUCCGGCAGCGGGUUCUCGUUGGGUUGGCACGCGGUGGACGUGUCGUCGUGCAACCAGAAGACGCUCACGGCGAAGGAGGGGGUGUUGAAGAGCCCCAAUUAUCCGGAUUUCAUAUUGGGGCGACUGGAUUGCGCGCUGACGGUGCUGGCGCCCGUGGGGAAGAGAGUGUGGUUGGAGUUUGAGGAUUACGAUGUGGAGAAGACGUUCCUGCAGGAGAUCUCACACAACACACAUGGGAAGAACUUGUACGACAAUAACCAAACAGACUCCAGCAUCAAACUAACCGACACGGCCGUCCUCGAGCUGCGCCUCGGCAAAGAAACCGCCCCUUUCAGACCCUUCGAGACGGAAAAUCUCCUCACCGAAGGCAGUUUCCUUUCAACCGAAGAGCGUCUGAAGAUCAGUUUCCGAACCGGCGACCAGCCCUCCGGUAAAGGAUUCCGCGCUAUCUACAAAAUCAUCACAACAGCGAGCGAAGAGAAAUUCAUCAACCUAAAGCACAACUCGUCCGGGGCACUUCUUCACCUCAAUUACCCCGACACUCCUCCACUUAACGUUAAUUUUCUACAGCAUUUUAUCGCACCUCUGGGAUGCGUCAUUUCUUUGGAGCUCUUCCACGUCAAGCUCAGCGAUACCGAGUGUCUCGACGGAAACGGCGUGAUAGAAGUUUACGACAAUUAUUACGACACUAACGGUACUACCUGGAGGAUGUGUUAUGACGCCAGCAGCGAGGAGGCGGUGCUUCCGGUGACCCCGAUAUCGAUCACUUCGUUUCUUAACACGCUGCAUCUGAGGCAGAGAAGUGGGGCCGUGGGGAUUUCGCUGAAUGGGAGUCUGAGGGUUCAGGAGGAUGUGCUGUUUAAGGCGAAGCUGUUGAGACACAAGGACGGAGAAGUGGAGGCUUGCGAGCCGAAUCCGUGUCAGAACGGAGGGAAGUGCAUGACGAAAGAAAAUCGCAGCUUUUGCCAGUGUAUUGGACAUUUCACAGGCCUUCUGUGCGCCCUCACCAAAUGCGAACUCCAACCCUGCGUCUUCGGAACGUGCGAGCUCACCAACUCCAGCUACAAGUGCCACUGCAAGACCGGAUACAUUGGCCCCACGUGCGAACAGAAGAGGAAACCCUGCGAGGGCAACCCCUGCGAGAGUCGUGGAGUCUGCAUCGAACGCGGCGACGGCUUCCAGUGCCGCUGUCACGCCUGGUGGGAGGGCCCCAGGUGCGAGAAAAAGAUGCAGCACAUACCCUACAAGCCGCUGAGUGAGAGGAUGUUCCACGAGCCCUUCUGGCUGGGGCUGAUGACGGUGUUCGUGGUGAUGGCAGUCAUAGGGCUGGUGUGGUGCGCGAAGAGGCACUUCCCCGAGAAGAUCGAGAAGCUGCUGAACGAGGACAACGACAGGAACAGGAGCACGAUAUCAUCACUGCGAAGUUCGUCCGUUCGUGAACAGCUCGCCGUGGCGUCAGGGGCGGCUUCGGUGACGGUGACCCCCAGCCCAGGUCCGACGGCGCCCCGUUCUCUAUUCGGCCGCCUCGGUAUCCGCAAGCCAUCCAUCCUCAGCCUGACCAGUCCACACGCCAGCGGCUACGUGCCGGCCACCGCCCGAACGUUUAGUUUGGACGAUUUGCUAAAACCUCCCCCGAGACGCACACCUUCUCCAAAAAAGAAACGCAACAACUCCACCCCCACUAAGAAAAACGCCGCCGAGAAGAAGCAGAUCCUCCAACAACUCAUCUCCCCCAACAACAAGCAGCUCUCCCGCAAAGUGAGCCUCGGCGAGCUAAUGCAGAUGAGCGAGCGCAAACUGAAAGAAAACGAGCAGAAAACCGAUGGCACGGACGCCGAAGCCACGAAGGAGACGAAAUUCGGCGGAGACAGCCUCCAGACCGCCCUCAGCGACCCCAAGCUCGAGAAGAAAGUGACUUUCGCCCGAUUGCUGAACAAAGUAUCCGCGGAGAUGAGCUCGGGCUCGGAGAUGGAGUUGGGUAUCAUGCAAAGCGGCCGGCUCGGGUGCGUGUUCGCGGGGGCGGCGGCGCGGCCCUCGAGCACGCCGCCGUCCCCGAACGUGGAUGCGCGCUCGCCUAAUAGUACCUCAAGCAACCAAGGUAGCGACUCGUUCACGAGCUCAGACCUCGCGAUUCCCAGCGCGCUGAGCUCGAGCGUGUCCGACUUGCUGAGGUCGGGCCAGGUGAGAGCGGGGCAGGGUAAUCGCUUCGCGGGGAGGCAGAAGCCAGCUAGUGCCGAUUCUAUCCUGGCGAUGUUCCGGAACUUCUCGACGAGCUCGGCGGGGGUGAAUUUGCCGCCGUCGCUGAAAGUGUCGCCGUCGACGACGCCUACGGCGUCGUCUCCGCAGGAUGAUAUUGCGGGCGACGACGAGUCGUCCACGUCGCCGGUGUCGUUCUCGAGCGGGGCACCGGAGAGCCCCAUCAUGCACCACCAGAGCACCAUCGAGGUGCCGGUUCUGGAUCCACUGAGCGCACACAAGUCGUCGAGUUGCGGCAGUAAUCUGCUGCAUCCGCCCACGAUACUCUUAGAGAUACCGAGCACAAUCAAUAAGUGCCUUUCGCCCAUUAGGGAGAUGCCUACGCCGUUACCCUCGCCGAUGCCGUCGCCGGCGCUCACGCCCAUCAUGCGACGGACCACUCUUUCUUCCGUGGAGGAUGCGGAGAUGAGCGACGACAGGAUCUCGGUGGAGCUGCCGAAUAUUUCGAUUAGCGACGGGGACGACGACGACGACGUGCCGUGCACGCAGGACAUCGCGAUCGAUCCCCAAGCGGAGGAUGGGUUCAUCCUGGAGGAGGCGGCGGCCAUGCAGCAGAACAGUGCCGGGAUGCGAGCGAAGGCUCGCCCACCACCUCUCGGCCAAACCUCCGCCUCAUCGUCCUGCUCGUCGCAAGCUCACCCCCUCGUCAUCCCCAUGCUGACAAUCCAAACCCCUUCGCCUACUCAUUCCAAACCCCCGUCCAUCCUCUUCUCAGGUACACCCGGCUUUCCAGGUUCUCCCCCUCCCCAAAAAUCGCACCUGCAGGAGCCCUCUUUCCAGUUUCCCCCGCCGAAACUAACCCGCAAACUCUACAAGGACCUCGACAAGCCCAACUCGUUGGACCUCCCGUGCGCACCCCCCAUGAUAACCAUCACUUGUAACAUGAGCGAAGCCGAAUCAGACGCCGAAUCCAUAUCACCCGCGAACAAAGCUGCGGCUCAUCUUGGAGGGGCGACGGGAGGGAUGACCUACUUGAGUCCUUUUCCCAUGGGGGCCCGAGGAGACCACAACGCAUCAGAAUCCAACUUGAGUUCAUCUGGAUAUAGUUCGAUGGCCAGUCCAGGACCGUCGAGAUGUGGGUCGAGUAAUCCGUUGUGUCCUUCGGAAAUGGAGGAUCAAGGGCCUCCCGGAUCAGGCACGUCACACAGGAGACCUUCGCCGGUUUUGAAGGCCAACACAAGCGGGAACGAGAAAGGAGAGAUUAAAAACCAGCAGGAUCAAAGAAGGGGGAGGUCUGAUUCGGAAACGCUAUCCGACGAUCCUCUUCUAGAAUCGAAUGACGAAGGAAUCGGGACGGAUCACAUAGAUGAAAAAAUCGAAGAGGGUGACCUAAAGAGUGCGAAAGAACUAGAAGUGUUCAUGGUCAGUGAAGGUGAAAACAAGACUCUUUUAGAGAUACCUAUGGUUCCUGUGAAAGCGAAGAGUUUGGAGGAUACGAUGGAGCGGCUUUUGCCGCCACCAUGUGGAAUGAAAACCCUCCAGCUCCCUUCCAUCGUGGUUCAGUGCGACCCUUCCGGCUGCGAAAAACUCUUGAGCCCGAUGAGUUCGCGCAGUGAAAGCCCUUUGAGUGACCGCAGCGGCAUCGGGAGGUUCUCCCCUCAGUUCUACGGAAGACACAAAGACUUGCUCCCUUUCACAGACUCUGAUGGCCUCUACGACUUCCCUAGUACGGAUAAAGUAAAUGUGAUGACGAGCACCCAACACAAGAAAACCAGCAGGAAACGAGAGAAGAAGCUGCUGAGGAACUGCAAAACCCCGAGUCCCACAAAACCGACCAAUCCACUUUCGCCGCACAACCACCUAGAUGUUCCGUGUAAAGACAAUUAUUUCAAGGUGCCCCCGCCGAGGAAGCUUAGUCCUAAGCGCAGGGUAACGCGUUCGCAAGUAGUUAGUUCGAGUUCUAGUUCGGAUAGUUUAAAUUCGUGUCGAGAGGUUAAGAUGUCGAGUUCGAGUCCUAGUCCUGACACUAUUAGGUGGUCUUCGCCUAUCGAUUGGUUGGAUGACAAGUGCCAACAAAAAAUGCAUGAAGGGGAAUACGAUGAUGUUAAUACUGCGAUGUUGCCAAAGCCGGCUGAGGUGGCGAAACAUCAAAAGAUUAGUCGCUUGAGAGCGAUCAGUCAUCAGAUUAGAUUUCUGCGAAGGUUGGAACUGAGCCUGAAACGAAGAGAGCGCACCAUCAGUCCGUCGGAUAGCUUGGACAGUGGCGGCGACGACGAGUCUCCACGGGCGACAUCCCCUCUCCUCCAGCAAUCGAAAGGCCCCAAGAUAGAAAUCCGAAAAAGCAGUAGCAUAGGAAAAUUACCCAGCAGCGGUCAAAAAUGCAAAACAAAACGAGCGAGGUACAAACGUGGUGAACUGUUACUUCCCCAACAAGAAGAGAAAUCCUGGAAACGGAUCGUGAUAACAGGAAACGGUCAUUCCGAUUAAAAUAAGUGUUUUCAAUAAUCGUACUUUAAAAUAAUUUUUAUUAAAACACAAUGUACUGAUAGGUAAAUAACGAAGAAACAAAAAACGAAUAAAUUAAUAAUAUAUUCUAAAACAUCGAACAAUCAUAAAUGUAAUUUUUAACUUAUGAACGCAAUAUUUUAAAAGUGGAGAAAUCUCGAAGCUUGUUGAAAUGUAAAGCAUUUAUCGAAUUUAUAAUGGGUAUAUAUUCAUUUAAUGCUCAAAACGCGUUGUUGUUAAAUGUUGCACAUUGUUUCGUUCUUGUUUGUUUGUUCCAUCGAACGUUGGUCGAACAACCGAAGCAAACUUGGAUUAGUUACGUCGACACCGUUGCUUCGAUUUUUCGACGAACGCGUAAAAUGUUAUACUGUAAUAAAUGUAAAUAUGUCGUCCAUGACAUUCAAAAUGGUUCCCCGAGGGAUUCACCCAAAAUUCAAGCUGACCUGGUUCAAGAGGAACACAUAGAAGGGCUUGUACAUGAGACUGAUUUUCUACUAUUUAAAUUUUAGCCAUUCUUUGUUCGUUCAUGAUGUAUUUGUAUUUGCACUGUUCAUGUCCAGUCCCCGUUUGUACUCCCACAUGUUAUUGUCAUACGGGUAUCGUUAUUCGUUGAUACCACUGUGAUAGACCUCUACUACUACACUGUAACUUCUACAGCAAUAUUAUGAAGGGAGCAAGAGUCUUUUCGGCACAAACGAGCAAUUAUAAUAUGUAGAAUUGCGCACUCUUUACUAAACAACUACUUUUCUUUGUGACUUAUUCGUAAAACUUAAGAAGUCUUUCAUUAGGCCAUGCAUUUAAAAAUAUAUAUUUUCUAUGUUGUUUAUUUGCUGUACUCAUCGAAAUUUUAAUA